AUGGGUGACUCUGGUCUACCUAAAUCUCUCCAGGAGAGUCUGGACAACACCAAAGUGUCUUAUGCUCAAUUGGGCAAAUCUGGAUUGCGAGUAUCAGUUCCUAUCCUCGGUGCCAUGUCUUUCGGCCACAAAGACUGGCUACCGUGGGUAAUCGACGACCCGGACCAAGUCGACCAGCUCCUCAAGGGCGCGUACGACCGCGGGCUCAACACGUGGGACACGGCCAACGUGUACUCGAACGGCGUGUCGGAGAAGUUGAUCGGCGCGACCAUCAAGAAACACAACAUCCCCCGCCACAAGCUUGUGUUGCUGUCUAAGUGCUACGGCACCGUCGGCGAGAAGCCCUCGGUCCUACACAUCAAGUACCCGAAGCAGAUCAAGCUGAGCAAAGACUACGUCAACCAGGACGGUCUGAGCCGCGCGGCCAUCUUCAACGCCGUCGAAGCAAGUCUGGAACGCCUGGGCACCACGUACCUUGACCUCCUCCAGAUCCACCGCUUCGAUCCGAACGUGCCCGUCGAGGAGACCAUGAAGGCUCUACACGAUCUUAUCCAAGCUGGUAAAGUUAGAUAUAUCGGGGCAAGUUCGAUGUGGACAUACCAGUUCGCCAAAAUGCAGCACGCGGCCGAGCUGCACGGCUGGACGAAAUUCGUGUCGAUGCAGAACCACUACAGCCUGUGCUACCGCGAGGAGGAACGCGAAAUGAUCCCCUACUGCCACGAGACGGGCGUGGGGCUCAUCCCCUGGGCGCCGCUGUACCGGGGCCUCCUCGCGCGGCCGCUGGGGUCGGCGAGCACGGCGCGCGAGGAGAGCACGAAGAAGAUCGGGCUCAUGCCCAAGGUCGACGGGGACGACGCCAUCAUCGAGCGCGUCACCGAGGUCGCCGACAAGAAGGGCUGGAAGAUGAGCCAGGUCGCGCUCGCGUGGAUCAUCCAAAAGGGCACCAUCCCCAUCGUCGGCUUCAGCAACCUGAGCAGGUUGGACGAGGCCGCCGACGUGCGCGGCAAGACCCUGACCGACGACGAGAUCAAGUAUCUCGAGGAGCCGUAUGUGCCGAAGGCCGUCGUCGGGCAUUCGUGA